CAAUUUAACAGCAACAACGAGAUAGCAGGUCGACAACUUCUCCCUCCUUUAAUCUUAUCUUAAUAAUCUCCAAAUGGCGACAAAAGCCCUCGAAGCUCGAUUCGAGCACCUCACAGUCAACGACGAAAAUGAAGCCCCAACCAACACCUCAUUCAAAUCCAAGGCUGCAGCUACGGGGACAAUAGCCAGUCUUCCUUCGAGCCAUCCUAGGGCAAACUUGGUCAAAUACGCUCUUCAAACCACAAACGAAUCGAGACAGAAUGCUGGCCAAAUCACAACCAUCACCACCACCACAAGUGUACCAACUCUACCACCUUCGCCCGUCCGAAAACCUGCACAAUCAUCUCGCGCGUCUGAUGAGAGCCAUGAAAAACAGACAGUAGCUUUUUUCGACCAGCCACAAGCACCCAAGCAGUUCCACCUAGGGAUGUUCGAAAUAGGGAAACCAUUGGGAAAGGGAAAAUUCGGUCGAGUAUAUCUCGCGCGUGAGAGAUCGUCAGGUUGGAUUUGUGCGUUGAAGGUCCUACACAAGUCCGAACUGCAGCAAGGCAAAGUUGAGAAGCAAGUGAGAAGAGAGAUUGAGAUUCAAUCGAACUUACGACACCCAAACGUUCUGAGGCUCUACGGCCAUUUUCACGACAGCAAGAGGGUUUUCCUCAUCCUAGAAUUUGCUGGAAAAGGUGAGCUGUACAAGCAUCUUCGCAAAGAACACAGAUUCCCGGAAUGGAAGGCUGCCCAAUACAUCGCUCAAAUGGCCGCAGCUCUCAAAUACCUGCACAGCAAGCAUGUAAUGCACCGAGAUAUCAAGCCCGAAAACAUUUUAGUUGGUAUCCACGGCGAGAUCAAAAUUUCUGAUUUUGGCUGGUCGGUCCAUGCUCCCAACAAUCGAAGACAGACCAUGUGUGGUACCCUCGAUUAUCUUCCCCCAGAGAUGCUCAAGCCAGGAAGUUCCGACAACUUUUAUAACGAGAAAGUCGAUCUUUGGAGUCUGGGUGUUUUGACAUACGAGUUUUUGGUUGGAGAAGCACCGUUUGAGGACACGCCGAUCAUGACACAGAGAAGGAUUGCUCGUGGUGACAUGAGUGUGCCGAGCUUCGUCAGUGCAGAGGCGAAGGAUCUAAUACACAGACUCCUGGUUCUUGACCCCGAAAAGAGAAUACCACUUGAUCACGUCCUUCAACAUCCAUGGAUCAUCAAGCACUGUAUGACAAAAGGUGGUGAGCGUGGAGCCCAGAGAGCCUCCGACAGUAACAGAAAGAGCUCAGAGCAAUGAAACGAACCACAUUGACGAAUCUACUUCUGUGUUGGACUUUUUGAUGAAGCUGUUUUAGCAUGAUUUGGCUGUGUGAAAUGUCGGCGUUAAAUAAGGAAGAAUAUUUGUUUUGCGCCAGCCAUAACCAGUGUUACUUUUUGUGAGAAACCGCGAUACUCCGAGUUGAUAUAACCAUUGAUGGC